AGUGUGAUAGUACAGUGUUCGACGAGAGACCCAUUUUUUACAAACGAUUUUGCCGGGUGCGGUCUUUGAAAAAACUUAAUAUUUCAAGUGCCUGAACUUUAAAGUGGAGGAAGUUGUACGCUUCUGAGAACUCCGUCUAUAUCAGUACUCGAAAUCUGUUCCAGUUUUCGAACAUACGUAACUCCACCUACUUUGUUGAUUGUGCGUUGUUGUCCCACUAACUUUCCUCAAAAGUUUCCACCGUAAAAAUUCUUGUGACCAAGUGUAUCUGUUUGAAAUUUGUUCUAACCUAAAAAUGCAUUUAAAAUUCCGGUACACCCAACAGCUGUUGUAAAUUGGAUGGAAUUUUUUGGGUUCACGACUUGUUAGAUUUGGAAGCACGUGGAUUGGCCUGUUUUUGAUUUUGUUUUUUACGGUUCGGGAAAUUCGGAAAACAUACGCGCAAUCAUGUGGAAAAUGGACUGUUUUUCUGUGGACAAAUCUUUCUACGAUAUCGCUGCCAGCGAUCUCAAAGAACUGUGGGAAACUGAUUUGGAUGGACCGGUGAGUGACGAUCGCAUUGAUAGCCCAAUCUUUAUGGUGACAGAUGUGCUGAACGACGAUGAUUGGCAGGAAGAGGUGAAGCCAGUAGUGGUGUUGCACGAUCGGCUGAUGACUGAUGCCGCCCUAGGCACGGCGCCCAUCAAAGUCGAGCACUCCUACUGUUCUCUCGACUCUUCGGAUCCACACUCUCCCCUAGCCUCACUAGAAGACGAAGAAUGCUUCCCAUCGCUUACGUCAGCAAAACGCCGCUGCUCGCGUGAUCAAUCGCCUUCGCCACCCUCUCCCUGCCCCUCGGCCAACCCGCCCUCGCCGAUUGUGGUCAUCAAGGAUGAGCCAAUGACUGAUGAAGAGGACUCCAUGGACUCGUCCUGUCCUGCCUCGCCCGAGCCUCAACAGUCCUUCUCACCGCCGCCUGUCAACCAUUUCCGAUUUGCUAAGUCUGGCCAAAGUCUAUUGAAGCAGAGAACCCAAGUGCUCCAGCUAAACACAAGUCUUCUCAGUCCGAAAAAUCAUGCCAUCAUUCAAACCAUGAAUAUCAAAGUCGAAUCUGGUACUUCAGGGUUCUCACUACCCCCCACCCCACCGUCAUCGACGUCCAGUGACAGUGAGGGGGGAAACGUGUCCCCAACUCACCCCUCGUCACCAACCCGCAAACUGUUCCACUCAGUCACCCACUCCACGACCACCUCGAGGCAGCCCAUUCAAACGCCUCUCAUCAGUAGUCAGCCGAAAGGAUCGACAGGAAUAUUGAUGCUGACGGAUGAGGAGAAGAGGACACUGCUGGCUGAAGGCUACCCAAUCCCGACAAGACUGCCUCUCACCAAAUCUGAAGAAAAGUCACUGAAAAAGAUCAGGAGGAAAAUUAAAAAUAAGAUAUCAGCACAAGAGAGCAGACGCAAGAAGAAAGAGUACAUGGAUGCUCUUGAGAGAAAAGUGGAGAUUCUGGCGACUGAGAACUCAGAGUUCAGAAAGAAAAUCACAACACUAGAAGACAACAACACCAGUCUCUUAUCACAGCUGAAUAACCUCAAGGCUCUACUAUCGAGGUCCAACUCACAGAGCCUUGCCAGAAGUUUACACAAGUAACUUCGUAGUAAAUUCGUCCAACCAUUUUCUUUUGUAAAUAUAGGUGCUAGAGCUGCCAAUAAGAUCGCCGCUCAUUAGCAAAUGCACCACUAGUCUUCCACUAAACUACAAUCACAAGUAAACAGAGAACAGCCCUUCAAAAAUUACUUGGUCUCUGUUCAUUCAAAAUUUGAGAAAAUGGAUUCAUCAUUCCAUGAAAAGGAAACAUUCCACGUUUUUGAUGGGCAUGGAUCGUUAUGCAAAAUGCAAUAUGUUACAUUGUUUUUAACAAUCCUUAGGACCACUGGAAUCUACGAUUAGUAUUAAUUUAUCCAUUUUUCCAACUUUGUGUAGAAAUAUUAGGGAAUAUCGUUGUAGCAUCUAUUGGUAAUACUCAAUAGAUGGAUUACGGAAGGUUCUAAACUUGUUGUGCUAAUGAUAAUAUAUUUUACUAGUGUGUAAGCGAAUAAAUGGUACCCAAAUUGUACUAUAUAGUAUAUAAAAUUUAAGAUAAGAUUGGGUUGAAUAUUUUUUAGGAAAAUCAUUCCUUGAUUUUGCUUCCAAGUCGUUUUUCAUAUUAUUUUUUCAGUUUAACGUGAAAUAUUCCUGAAGAAGAUAUUCAUCUGAGUAAGAACUACUCAUCAAUUCUUACUAGUUGGCUUUUGAAAAUUGCAACAUAGAUCUUUGAAAGCAUUCAACAAUUUUAGAGAAAUAUUUUUAAUGCGUUUAUUAUUCACAAGAGUGCCUUUAAAAUCAAAAUGUUCCUGAAUGAUAGAACGGUUUUUAAUUUUCUUGGACGUUAUUUUAGAUUAUUAUCUCAUCAGAAAAAAAAAUUAAAAUGAUAAUUAAUUAUGUUUUGCCCAUGUGAUAUUCUCGAUUUAGCUAGAAUUUAUUGAGGUGGUAAAAUUGUAACUGUAAAAAAUGCUGAUAUAAUUAUUAUAAUGCUAGCUCAAUGGAAAAACUGAGUUACCACCAGUAAAAUAUAUUUAUUUAUGCGUUUGUAAUGAUAAAUUAUCUAGCACAUUGUUUUAUUUCGCUAACAUUCGAAUUUAAAUAUGUAGUAAUUUUCAAGCUCUUGGUUGGAAGAUGAAUUAUAUUAUAAUCCACUUGUGGUAUUUUUAAAUUAAUUGAUGAAGUAUUUUAUAAUUCUGUUGCAUGUGUGUUAUGAAUUUUAUAAGAUGAAAAAUUGUUAUAUUAUUGAUAGAUUAUCACGCCAAAAUACUUUAAAAUAUAUAGAAUAUUGAUAAAAAUAUUAUAUUUAUUGAUGAUAGAUUACUUUAUGAAGAAGAAAUUUUCUCGUAAAUCGUGUAGGCUACUAUUCAGUGAUUAUUAUGAAUCAUGGAUUCGUAUGAAAAUUUAAAAAACCUAAAAAAAUUGAAGUCACAUUACUGUAAUCCAUUGCAAUUCAUUGCUCAUUAGUUUCGAUGAUUCACGAUUGGUUGUCAAUAUUAGAAUUCAAAUAGAUUUUCAUCAUUUUUAGUUCAAGAAUAAAUAUGAGCAUAUAGGUAAUAAUAUCCGUAAUUUUUAAAUCCCAAUUCUAUGCUAGGAAGAAGAAAAUCUAAUGUAUCGUAAACCUUUGAUUAUCAUAAAAAUGUAUAGCAACACGUAUUGAUCAGUUUUGAAGCUUAGAUGAAAUGUUAUAUAAAUAAAGUCAAAUUACAAAAUCCCAGAUCAGUUUUGAAGCUUUUGGAUGAAAUUUUAUUAAAUAAAGUAAAAUUACAAAAUCCCAGAUUAAUAAAAUUAUUGAAAAAUCUAUUCACUUCAUGAAACAUUUUAAGAGUUGAAUUCUUAUGUCAUCCAUAACCAACUGUUUUAAAAGCUGUAAUAUUCCAUAAAUAAAAACAUCUAUAUAGGUACUAAGAAACAUAUGAAGUAUUCCAAAGUAUGAAUGAAUCCAUUGAAAUAAAAAUGAAUGACACUAAAAUUUAUUAUACCUUCUUAAUUUUGAAAAAUGUGUACAAUAAACCCAUUUUUGUUGAACCCAUUUCUAGACAUUAUUCAUGAAUUAAAUCACGGCACCUAUCAGAGGUUGAUGUGAUUGCAAAAUUCAAUUCCAGCUAAAAUAGUUGUUAUCAAAUACAUUGAAAAUUUGAGAUAAAAUUAGUCCCAAAUUUUAUUGGAAAUUUGACUAUAUUUAAUAAUUGAAUCACGGCGCCUAUCAGAGGUUGAAGUGAUUGCAAAAUUCAAUUCUAGCUGAAAUAGUUGUUAUCAAAUACAUUGAAAAUUUGAGAUAAAAUUAGUCCCAGAUUUUAUUGGAAAUUUGACAAUUUUUAGAUGAAUAAACCAAUUUAUGACUGAUUAUGUUAAGGAAUAAUGUCAAUUAUAGUAAAAAUUUCAGGCUAUGGAUCUUAUUUCUAAUAUUUGUGUGAGGUCUUCCUAGUAUCUCAGUUAUUUUACUUUUAUCGAAUUUUGUAAAAUCGUCCUUCUAAAGUUAUCGAAAACUCUCUCAUAAUUUUGGUAUUGAAAGUACCGUGUUAUAGUUUAGAACUUAUGGAAACAAUAAAAUUGUCAUUCAAUUAUCCACCUUAACAACUAUUACAACUAUUGUUCGUUCAGAUUUGAUAAAUCAAAAAUAGAAUUAAUUAUAGAUUAUUUUGAGAAGGGUCCAAAUAUUUUAGCAGUAAUAUUCUCAUAUUGUAUGUAGCUUUGCUUCCAUAUUGAAUUUGAAUCAGAUAGCUUCAAAUAUUUAUGUACUACAUUUACUCAUAUCUAUGUACUGAUUGAAAAGUAGGUGUUUAUUUUUGUAAUACAUAAUAUACAUGCAUAUUAUAUACAUAAAGUACUUUUGGAUCGCUAAUAUAUUGCAAUGUACCUUACCAAUGCUCCAACUCUAGAGCAAAUAGUAAUCAGUAGUGAGCAAACUGUAGGAAAAAGUUGCUUUGUUGAAAAAAUGUUUAAUCAGAUAUACAAUCAUUAAUCACCAUAGUUAUUCAAAUAUUUAUGAAAUUAUUCCAAUGUAAAUAAAUAGAGUACGGUACUCAAAGAACUGACAUCAAUAUUGGAAAUAUACAGUAAUGAAACCAGAAAUAUAACUCCGUAGAUUGUUACAAGUUUUUAGAACAACGAUUAUUUAAAGAAACCGUCCAUUUUAAUUACUAUUAGUCUUCUGUUAGUGAAGAGAUUUUGUUUAAAUUUUGAAAAUUCUAAAAUAUCAGUCUCUCUGGUCCCGCGGUUUUGAUUUCAGGCUUGGUAAUCAUUUCACGCACAAUAUAAUAUUCAUAUUUUUCAAUAUGAUCAAAGCGUAGUUCCUCGAAACAAAUAUUCUGAAGUCAAUUUCCUAAUCAUAAAAUCAUUGAAGCGUGAGAAUAGAAUAGAAUAUUCAUUUUAUUCAACAAUAAUACAGAAAAUUUCCAUACAGUUGAAUAGCGUCAGGAAGAUUUACAGUCAAAAAACUAUUCAAAAUAUCAAAAAACGUUGAUAUUUUUCUAGCUUUUCAAACCAAUAUUGGCAAUGAUGAUUGUAUUGAACAUAAUUAUUAUGUAAAUCUAAAAACUUUAUUACGUUUUCACUUUGAAAAAUUAAUUAAAUAAUGUUACUACUACAAUCUGCUCUCAACUAGUAAAUAUACAGUAAAGACCAAAGAAUACUAACAACCUCAAAGUAUAGUUUCUUUAGAUUGAUUUUUAAUAUUAAUGAUUAUAGUAAUAGCUAAUAGAUGAAAACCCCGUUUAUUUCAUUUUUCCAACUCAAAUUAUUCAAAUUUGAAUCACUACCUACUUCUAACCAAAAUGUUUUAUUAUUCAGCUUCUCCUGAGGUUAAAUCCAAUAGUCUAGUUGUUACCGCCAACCAGUCCUAGGUGGCCGUGGCACUAGUAGGCCUUGUCCACGAAAGCAUUAUUGCCAAAUUUGAGCUCAUGAACCUAUAAGACAAACCAGUAUGCAGUCCUCGAAUUUAUUGUAUUGAAGCACCAACCAUAAUUCUCAUCAUCUAUAGUCAUAUUCUUUUAACAUCAGUGAGUUUCUUCUAAUAGUAUAUCCAGCAAUUUUUAAUACGUUUUACUGUAGUAGAUUUUUAUUGUUGAAGUGAUUUCUAUAUUUAUGAUACUGUGGAGUAUGAAAGCUAAUAAUAUUGGCCUAGUGCUAUUUUGGAAGUCAUUUUUAGCUAAUUCAUCCAUGAUUGAAAUGUUUUAGUGUGUGUGCUCACAAAGAGCGAUCAAAUGUUCCCGAGUUUUAGCGGUCUUAAAAGAAUACAUAUUUAUACAUUUUCAAAAUUUUUAGUUUAGUCAUUAGUUUUAAAGUGGAAAUUGGACUUUUUGAAGUGAAAGUGAAAUCUUAACCUUAUUCUUUUUGAAACUUUUAUUUGUAAAAAUUUGGGAGAAGACAGUUUUGGGCUAUGCCUGUUGUCUUCUCCCAAUCAUAUUAUAAUUAUGAUCUGUAAUUGCCAAUGAAAUAAAUAAAUAAAUAAAUAUCUCUAUCUAUAUCCUUCUAAGACCGCUCUGACCGUUGACCGUUCUGUGUAUGCACACCCUUAAUUUUGUAAGAAAAAUGUAUCUGUCAGUGAAUAUACAUUUCUGAAAAUACUUUCUAUUAUCUCAACUGAUGUUUUGAUAAUGCUGUAAUAUUGAAUAUUAGUUUUGUGAGAAAUCCAUAUUAAUGUUGAUUAUUUUUGGGAUGUAUAGUUAUUUUAAGUUUCCAUUUUUUGUUUGUGUGUAUUCCAUCACUCUAAGUUGUUUCUUGUCGUGCAUUUGUCAACCAGUUAUCUUGUUGAUUUUUUCAUCUUGUAAGUUAUAUUAUGUUUUACACCAAUUAGCUUCAUGUUUAAUGCAACUUCUGUAAUUACGUGUGAGUUUUGCUGCAAAUGUUUGUUUUUCUCUUCAUUUUUGCUAUGUACUGUAUGGUGUUUUAUGUAAAAUUGUGUUUUAUUUCGAAAGAAAGUUGAGUGAAUAGCGUAUGAGAAUAUUAGGAAAUUAGUAUACAGACCAAUUUUGUUGGUUGUUGGGUUUAUAUGUGCAAUAUUAGUUGGAAUAUGGGAUAUUUACUACUACUUGUAAUUGUAUAUAGAAGAGACUUGAGAUAGUUGUGAAAUACUUUGAGAAAUUAUAGCUCAUUGACAAAAUAGUUCCCCUAUAACUUGAAUAGGUACCUACUUAUAAUAUGAAUAGAAAAACUACGAUAUGAAUAUAAAGAACUAAGAAAAUUAUUAGCCUACAUAGCCUUUCUCUAAUACUACAGUAUCACUGUCACAUCAGUCACUAAACCACAUUAUAGAGAGUCAUAUUCAAAAAAGUUUUUUGGCUCCAGAAUUCAUGCCCUUCUAGCCCUCAUAAGAACGUAUUUGCAAGGCAACGCAAGCCGGCGGUACAGUAUAUAUAUUCUGUGCCGGUAUUCAUAUUCUAUAUGUAUUCAUAUUCAUAUUCUAUAUUACAGUAUUCAUAUUCUUAUACCUAUUCUGUGCCGGCGGCGCUAGACUGGCUGGAAGUAAUGCAUCGGUAUAAUACGGAUCACGUGGGCACAUUGUAGCCUACGUUGAUUCACACUAUUCUCGCUCGGACUGCUGAGCGCUAGUAUAGCUUUGUCUGUUUACUACAUCCCAUCAUGCAUCACGUGAAUUGCAUCCGAACCGAAUCGGCAAACAGGCUGUUUUAUCGUUUUUAUAAAGUAAUAAGUUAAUACUUUUAGCUACUUUUGUGCUAAUAUCUGCAUAAAUUAAUUAGUUUAGCAAUAAUCCAAUUGUAGUGAUUGCUGAUUGUAAAUUUAAAGCCGUGAUUUUAUUAUGAAGUGCUUUAUUAGAGUGUGGUGAUCAUGAUUUAAAUGGGGUUAGGUCUAUUUCAAGAGUCUUUUGGUGAGUAAAAUAUUAUCACAGAAUACAUAUUUUGUUGUUUUAAUUUAGUUUAUUGGAUAAUGACAUAGACCACUGGCCCACCCAACUUUUCAAGUAUUCAAGCGCCGCCACUGGUAAAGAUUGACAUUCAUAUCCUUAAUAAAAUACCGUAGUAUUCAUUUCACUUUCGUUUGAUAAAAAUAUUGGGUUAAAAUUACUGUCACCGCUAACAUAUAAACGUGUGAUGAUGCUUCUAAGGGCAUAGAAACUGGAUACCGUAUCUUGACUAAUGUACCAAUCCUUUAAAUAGCAACCACGACCCUUAUAAUAUAAUUUAUAAGUUCAAAAAUUACUUCCCGGUGGUUCGGAACCCAUCUAAAGCUGUAGGUCAACUCAUCUCUCAUUACCUACAAACAAGCCUGGAGCUUAUGUAAACAUUAUCCUCAGAAAAAAUGAGAAUAUUAAUUAUCCAUACAUCCAUUAAGCAGUAACUUAAUGACAUGAACUUCUUCAAUCAGGGUUGCAAAUUUUUAUAAGAAAACUUCAUGUAAUGCAGGUGACUAAAUGUGGAAUAUUGUCAACAAAAUUAAAUCCAGACAUGCUUGUUACUUCUAACGUUUUCUUCUAUCUCAAGAAUCUAGGAUUUUAUUGGCCAUAAAACAACAUUACAAAAUGUAAGCAAUAGGGCUUCCUUCGUCAAUAAUAGGUAAAAUAUCACAAGGUAGUCUAUAACAAACAAUCAAAUUUACACAUACACAUUGAAAUAUUCCAGGUACUCAUUAGCAGAAUAGAAAGCUUCAGACUUGAGCCAUCUAACUAUUCUACCUCAAUCUAUUAAUAAUUAAUUCUUCAAAAUUAAUGUAUUAUCAGCUAUCUCAAUGUCUCUUCAGGUAUAAUAUGCUGUAGAGUGAUUUGAAUAUUCCAAUAGGUAACUUAAUUCUGAAUAUUUUACAAGCUGUCAUUGCUCCCCUACUCAUAGAAAACGAUUACCAUUAUCCGAUAAUUUUUACAGUUAACUCAUUGGUCAAAAUAGAAUGAUAACUUAUGCUGACCCAACAAUAUAUUAUUUCCCCUUAUAAUCUAUUUUAGCGAUUUUUUAUUAUUUUAGAGAAUACUUGAAGCAUUGGGGGUUGUGUAAAUAUAGUCAUAAAUUAAUUCUCCUUAUUAGUGGUAGAUAUAUAAUUUUUGGAAGAUACUAUUUUAUGUAAAAAAUUUAUGCACACAUAUUGGUCCUUAAUUGUGUGGAAAAUAGAGUUUAUUCAGUAGUAUAAUAAAUAAUAAUAUAUUGACAGAAAAUUAUUUGAAAAAUAUGUUGCUAUAUGAAUUAUUUAUUUUUGUAAAUUAUUGUAUGCGGAGUUAAUAAUAGGCCUAUUGUAAUUACUAUCCAAAAAGUCAUGAAAUGUUAUAAUAUAUUUAUGUCGUGUUGAUAGGAUGAUAUAUUGUACAGCAUGAAUAUUGCUGUAAAUUAAGCUAUUAGAAGUAUUAAACAGUUGGAUCUAUAUUGAUUCAAUUUUAUAUCAAUAUUUAUGAAUUCGAAAAUGAUUUGGCCUCUUGUUGAUUGAAAGACAAUGAUGUCAUAUUGCAAUACAUUCUUAUUGUAUUCUUGAGGAUAUUGAGUGUAUUAAAAUAUCGAUUUGAGAA